GUUGUAAUUGCAAAUUUACGUUGGUUCAGCCAGUACUUGGUACUUUCCAAGUCGAAAGUUGUAUUGUAUCGCAAUCCAAAUCCAGACCUUAAUUUUAGGGUCUAAUUCUGACACUCCCUCUCAAGUCACGCCCUUCUGAAUCGUAUCAUUCUCAGCAAAUGUGUCCUCUCCGUCUUCUUCUCAUCUUCCUCUCCGCCUCUCUCGCCGGUUUCUUCGUCCUCAGAAACCUCAGAUCUCAACCCCACCAUGACCAUGAUCAUGGUAAUAGUGACGACGCUUCUUCUUCCACCCAAUCUUCUGAUUCUCCCAUUCCUAUAUUCUCCAAGGUUCGGGUAGCAAUCGAAUCUGGGUUCUGGACCUUCGUCGACAUGGCAAGCGGUCGUUAUCUCUGGAGCCAUCUCACCUCUACGUCUAAGUCAAAGCAGUCCACAUAAUUACUUUGUUCGUUUGUUUUCGUUAAUUCUGCGCAAUACUAAGUUUUCAGGUUUGCGUUUGGUUUGGCUUCGUCGUCUUAAUACUUAAUACUCCCACGAACAUUGCAUAUGGUUGUAAGCUUAUAGGUCAACUGAAAACUCUCUGUAUCAUACUUGUUAAUUGUUUGUUGGAGUGAAUGGUAAAAUCAUUACUGAAAUAGUUGUUGCCUAUAGUUGUCAAUAAUAUUCGGCUGUGAGAAAUUUGUUUUCUUUCAAUUUGUGAAGCAUAUGAUUUGCAGGAGAAAUGAAAAUUAGCAGAGGAACUUGAUUGGUACUAACACUUCAAGUAAUUUUACCUUCUUCGUUCGUUGUCA